UCAUAAUCCAAAAUCACUCAAGACAGUCGCAUUGAGUCUCCUGCUCUUCUCCAAACACUUCUUUCAUACUUGAGAAAGCAGUGUGGAAAGAGUGGGAAGAGCCAUGGCCAUGAACAUUGAGGGCGUUGAGAGGAUGGAGCAUGGAGUUUCAGAAUCCUCAUCACCAAAGGAAACCCACAAACGCACUGUCAAAUGGUGGCUUAUUGCCCUCAACUGCACCCUCACCGGGAUAGGGACCAUCUGCGGUCCACUGCUUCUACGGCUUUACUAUCUCCACGGCGGGAGAAGGAAAUGGCUAACCAGCUCGCUGCAGACAGGUGGUUUCCCCGUCCUCCUUAUCCCGCUCUCCAUUGUCUACAUGCGCGAACGGGCUCGUGGGAUGAAAUUCCUGUUGGAGCCCAGACUCUUUAUAUCGAGUGUGGUGAUCGGACUCCUCAUGGGUCUCGAUAACUUCAUGUAUUCGAUGGGUUCUUCAUUGCUUCCCGUCUCCACAUCCUCACUACUCUUCGCCACUCAGCUCGUUUUCACUGCAUUCUUCGCACUCAUCAUCGUGAAGCAGAAAUUCACCCCCUAUACCAUCAACGCCGUGGUGUUGAUGACUCUCGCGUCGGUGUUGCUUGGGAUUCGCAAGAGCGGUGACCGUCCUGCGAAUGUAUCUAAUGGGGAGUAUUUGCUGGGUUUCAUCCUCACUAUCGGGGCCGCCGCGUUGCUGGGAUUCGCAUAUCCAUGCACCGAGCUUUGUUACGCCAAGGCAAGGAAAGCCAUCACUUAUCCGGUUGUGAUGCAGUUUCAGUUCUUCACGACCUUGUCUGCUACCAUUUUCUGCGUUAUUGGGAUGACUAUUAAUAAGGAUUUCCAGGCCAUUGGAAGGGAGGCGGCAGAGUAUGAACUUGGGGAGGCCAAGUACUACGUGGUGCUGUUUGGGAUUGCUGCUGGGUUUCAGAUGAUAUUCUUGGGAACUCUCGGCCUCGUCUUCUGCAUUUCAUCUCUCUUUGCAGGAAUCCUCAGCGCCACUCUCCUCCCUUUCACAGAGAUAGCAGGGGUCAUCUUCUUCAAAGAGAAGUUCACAGGAGAGAAGGGAAUGGCCCUGGCUCUCUGCCUUUGGGGCUUCGCCUCUUACUUCUACGGUUCCUACAAGUUGAACAAGAAGCAACCAACCCAAGAAGAAGAAGAAUCCAAGUAGCCCUAAAAAUCAAACACAACCAAAGUAAAUCCAAAUAGCUCUAAAAAUCAAACACAAUCAAAAGCGGAAGUGGAAUUUGUUUCAAAAUCAAGAUGCGUGUGCAUCGUCUCAAUUAGUCCACACAUGUUGCGGAACUCAUACGCCUUCACCUGCUUCUUUAUUUCUAUUGUUUCUCCUUCUUUUGUAAUCUUGUUUCUUCUAAAAUGAGUGCACACAUGUUGCGUAACUCAUACGCCUUCACCUGCUUCUUUAUUUCUAUUGUUUCUCCUUCUUUUGUAAUUUUGUAUCUCCUAAAAUGAAACAUACUCAUGUAACUCUGAAUAAUGAAAUGCAUUUAUCUUUUGGGUGAAAGUGAAACCA